AUGAGCGCCACGAGCAGCAGCAUCAACGCCCUCCUCAACCACGACGCCGCUGCGCCCGCCCACACCACCCAGCCCACAGCGUGCGAGGCCGCCCCGACGACCACGGCCGACGCGGCCGACGCCGCCGACGCCCUCACCGCGCUGGCGACCCUGGGCAGCGGGCAGCAGUACGCCCCAACGCCGACGCCGACGCCGACGCCGCCGCCGACGGCCAGCAGCCUCGGGAGCCAGCUCGACCGCCCCGACCUCGACGCCGACGCCCGCAAGGCCAUUGACGCCGACACUCGCAAGGCCAUUGACGCCGACGUCCGCAAGGACACUGACGCCGACGUCCGCAAGGACACUGACGCCGACACCCGCAAGGACAUUGACGCCGACACCCGCAAGGCCAUCGACGCCGCCAAAGCGAGCGACCUGGGCCUGCGCGCCAAGCGCCCUGCGAGCGUCGCUGAGAGCGGACCGUCGCCCACCGAGUCCAGGGCCGCGCCCGUCGCGUCCAAGAAGCGACCCGCGCCGGGCUCGGUCCUCAAGAAGAAGGGCACCGCCAAGACCACCAAGACGGCGAACAAGAAGCGCCGCAUCGACGACGACGACGACGCCACAGCCCGCUCCGUCACCCCGACGUUGCGUGCCGCCGCCGCCGCCAAGCCCCCCAAGAAGGGCUCGCACGCCGGCACGCCCGCGCUGCAGUCGUCGCCCGCACCCGACGACGCCGACGCGCACGACGCCGACGAUGGCGACUCGUCCGAGGACCACAACCUCUACUGCAUCUGCAAGAAGCCCGACAACCACAAGUGGAUGAUUGGCUGCGACGGCGGCUGCGACGACUGGUUCCACGGCGACUGCGUCGACAUGAAGCAGGCCGACGAGCACCUCGUCGACCGCUUCAUCUGCCCGCUGUGCGAAGACGCCGGCAGGGGCCACACCACCUGGAAGCCCAUGUGCAGACGCGACGGGUGUCGGAAGCCCGCGCGCCUCGCCAAGGACCGCGAGAGCAAGUACUGCUGCGACGAGUGUGGCGUCCUCUUCAUGCAGGAGCAGCUGCAGCGCACAGCAGGCGCCAAGCCCCCACACGGCGCCAAAGACCGCCCGAAGAAGAAGAGCAAGGUGGUGCGGGCCGGCGACGACGGCGGCGCCCGCAACGACGACCACGCCCGCCACGACGACCACGCCCGCCACGACGACGACGACGACGACGACGACGACGAGCCCACGCCCCUCGGCGGCGUCCUGCGCGCAAAGGACCUCAAAGCCCUCGUCGACGCCUCGCCCAACAUCCAGGCCUUCCGCAACCUCGGCUCGGGCGUCUUCUCGCCGCCGCACACGGCGUCGCCGACGCGGCCCGACUUUUCCACCAGCCCAGACGACGUCGCCCUGACCGCCGCCGAAACCGAGCGCCUCACCGCGCUGCACAGGGAAAAGUCGCAGCUCAACGACCGUCUGCAGGUCCUCAAGGACCGCGAGAAGUUUGUCAGCAUGGCCAAGGAGCAGGCCGCCCGCGUCGCCGACCGCGAGAACCUCAAGCCCAAGGACUUUUGCGGCUACGAGCCGCGCCUCUCCUGGUCCGACGCAGAGUUCCUGCUGUGGCGCCACAGCACCCACGGCCGCGCCGCCUUUGAAUUCUCCACCCUCGCGCCCACGGCCGACCAGCUCGCCUCGCUGGCCCCGUCCGACGCCGCAGCCGUCGACCGGGCCCCGACAGAGUCGGUCUGUCUGCGGAAGCGCUGCACCAAGCACCCGCAGUGGCAGAAGCUCAACCUGCAGGACGCCCGCUUCGAGGAGCUCGAGGUCGUCGAGGCCCUGCGCGAGUGCGAAAAAGAGGAGCGCAGCGUGCGCGAGCGCGCCCGCCGGCGCAACGCAAAGGACACCAUGGCCCGCGAGCUCACCGCUGCCGAGGGCGCCAAGGACGUCCGCAACCGCGACGGCUGGGUCGAGCUCGUUGCGUCGUAG